GUGAGCCCGCCGAGGGUAGAGAGGCGUUUUAAGUCUCGUCCCACUCGCCACAUCCUCUUUCGAAACGCUUCGGAGUCUCCAAACAUGGACCGGCGGCGAAGCGCGAGGAAGGGCAGAAACGCGAGAGCCAAGGAGGAGUCAAAGAAGAAAACAGGGAGACAAAAUCCUGGGAAAGAGCUAAACAAAAAACGGCUACAUCUUUCUGGUAAAAUACCUUUCCCUGAAGACUUGGAUCUCUCAGUUAUUGGGAAGGUGAAUGAAACUGAGCAAGAUGAAGAAUUGGGUGAUUCCUUUGGGCUUUACCGAGGUCUGAGCCUUGCUGCUUCUAUGCCGCCAUUUUCCCAGAAUCCAAAGCAACAAGUGACAUCUAGAGUGUGUCAGAGAGCAAUCGACAGUUUUUAUUCAGUUUUUAAGGAACAGCUUAUUAAAAUGCUUACAGAAGUCCAGAGACUGAAAAACUUGAAAAGGAAGAACGCCAGGGCGAUCACAGAUGCCAAUAAGAAAAGGAAGUGUCUCUUUGAAGCCCAAGAGCAGCAAAUUAGGAGCGAGCCCCAGCUGAGGCUUCUUCAGAGGAAGUAUGAGGAACUGAAGCACCGAAGAUCUUCCCUCAGGGAAGCCACGUGGUUUUUAUCCAACUUGCAGCACCUUCACGAUGACUAUGCAGCUCUUCGGAGGAGCCGCCCUGCCGCCGAGGCCGAGAGGGAACAGUAUGGUGCAUGCAGCCUGCCAGCUCUGCUGUUGGAAGCCAGAGGCAUUUCAGGAGCAGCACAACACCUGAGAAAGAUCAACUACCGCCUUCAACAGCUCGUUGAUGACAAGUGAGAGAGAACUUGCCUCAGGUCGACCUUGGAAUACUUUUUCUGGAGAGUAUUCACUUUCUGUAUUUAGCAGCAUCAUUUAUUAAAUUGUCCUCAAUAUGCACAGGGAUCUACUUGAGUUCAACACACUCGCUAGUCAGUUCUACAAAAUUAACAGCCCGACUUUCUCUGAAAAUAUAAGUGAUGUUCUAUAAAUGUGGGUCCCCACUUCUGCAAAAAUGGAAGGAGGUAUGUUUUCUCAGUUCUUCUGGUGCAGUUUUGGUCUUAAAAUUACCGUGGUCCAUUUUGGUUCUCAUUGUGUGUAUUGUUUCCAUGGUUUGCCAUAUUUCCCUUUCAUUACUUCGUUUAAAUCCUUUUAUUUUUAGGAAUCCAUUUGUUGUUUUCUAACAAAACAAUAUCCCAUUAUAUCUACAUGCCAAGAUUUGUUCAGAUUUUUCACAAUAAAUGGGUGUUAUUUGUU